GGUCAGAGCGUCCGCCACGCCCACUGGCAACAACAAGCAGUACUGUAGAUAGCGAGCGUAGCCGCGGUGGAGAAAAGAAAUCGGGAAUCGCCUGCCAUCCACCUCAGCGCCGCGCGGGGAGAGAGAGGAGAGAGGCGCGGAGGCGCGGGGUGCUUUGUGCUUCCUCCCGCGCUGAACCCACCCCGAAAGAUUUCGCGGCGCCCCCAAAAACUUCCCUCCCCCCUUACCCAAAAUCCCCAAAUCUCCAAAAGCCCUAGAGCGUGAAGCGGGCAUCCGAAACCCUACCCAGGCCAGGCCAUGGUGAUCGCCGUGGAGGGGUCCUUCGUGCGCCAGGAGGAGGUGGAGGAGGAGGGGGAGCAUCCCAUGCGCUACCUCCCGCUUGGCCGCGUCUACUCCUCCUCCGCCCCGUGCCCGCCGCUCCCGAAGAAGCCCCGGGCCGCCGCCGCCGCCGUGGACGACAAGCCGCCGGUGACAGUGUUCUACCGCCGCCGCCGCAAGAAGCCGCGGCUCGAGGCGUCGCCGCCGGCCUCGCCAGUCACGUCGGCGCCGGCGCCACGGCAGCUGGACGAGGAGGCGGAAGCGGAGGUCAGGACCUCGCGGCGGAAGUGCCCGCUCAAGCACGAGCUGCUCAGCCUAGGGCCGACCUCGCCUGCGUUGAGUGCGGACAGUGGUGGGUCCGACCUGGUCCGGCGGCGGCAGUCCAGGCGUACCGGAGGAGGAGAGAGCAUUUCGACCGGGAGACGGCGGAAGCACGGCAGCCAGAAGGAGGCCGCCUCUUCGGCUGGGAGGAGAUGGGUAGAGUUGGCGAUUGAGGGCGCUGAUCCUCAGGCUUUUAUCGGAUUAGCAUGCAAGGUUUUCUGGCCCCUAGAUGAUGAUUGGUACAAGGGUUCCAUCACGGGGUACAAGGAAGUAACUAAGAAGCAUUCUGUGAAGUAUGAUGAUGGUGAAGCAGAAGACCUUACCCUAGCCGAUGAAAGGAUAAGAUUUACCAUUUCAUCGGAGGAAAUGAAGUGCCUGAACCUGAAAUUUGGGAUGUCCAACAUGGAUAAGAAGGGACAUGAUGAGUUGCUUGCGCUUGCUCUAAGUUUUCACGACUACCAAGGUCUUGAUCCUGGUGAUCUUGUGUGGGCUAAAAUAACAGGUCAUGCAAUGUGGCCGGCUGUUGUGGUGGACGAGUCAAAUGUUCCUGCUAACAGGGCUCUCAAGGAAGUUCGAUUAGAUCAGUCAGUGCUUGUUCAAUUCUUUGGUACCCAUGAUUUUGCAAGGAUUAAGUUGAAGCAGGCAGUGCCCUUUCUGAAUGGUCUCCUUUCUUCCUUGCAUCUCAAAUGCAAGCAAGCACGCUUCUGCCGGGGCUUGGAAGAAGCCAAGGAGUUUCUCCUCACACAGCAGCUUCCAGAAAGUAUGUUGCAACUUCAGAAAUCCAAUGAUGGUUCUGAUGUUAAUUGCCAAGACGACACAAUAGGUGCUUAUGAUAAUUUACCAGAAGAUAGAGCAACAGAAAACGGGGAUGAUGAGGAAAUGACUCAAAUAGAACUAGGAAAUCUUUGUGUCAGCAAGUUAGGCAGGAUAGUAUCUGAUUCAGACCAUUUCCAUAACAAAAUGCAUAUAUGGCCUGAAGGGUAUACUGCUUUCAGGAAGUUCACAUCAGUAAAAGAUCCACAUUUAGUAACAUCUUACAAAAUGGAAGUACUGAGGAAUUCAGAUACAAAAGCACGGCCAUUGUUUAGGGUGAUCGCUGAAGAUGGAUUGCAGAUUGAUGGCUCUACCCCUAAUGCAUGCUGGAAGGAGAUAUACCGCAGAAUAAAAAAAAAACAGUGUGAUGUUGCCUCGGAAUCGGAAGGAAAUGUUUGUCAGAGAUCUGGCUCUGACAUGUUUGGCUUCUCAAAUCCACAAAUUAGGCAGCUUAUUCAGGAGCUUCCCAAUGCAAGGUUAUGCUUGAAAUAUUUUGAAAAUGGUGGGGAUACCCUUCGUGGUUAUAGAGCUGUUAAUGUUAAUUGGAAAGAUCUAGAUUAUUGCAAUGUUUGUGAUAUGGAUGAGGAGUAUGAAGACAAUUUGUUCUUGCAAUGCGACAAGUGUCGUAUGAUGGUUCAUGCUCGGUGCUAUGGCGAACUAGAGCCAUUGGAUGGGAAACUUUGGCUAUGCAACCUGUGUCGACCUGGGGCACCUCGUGUGUCCCCGCGAUGCUGUCUGUGUCCAGUCACAGGGGGUGCAAUGAAACCUACAACAGAUGGCCGUUGGGCUCAUCUAGCAUGUGCCAUAUGGAUUCCUGAAACUUGCUUGAAAGAUGUAAAGAGAAUGGAACCAAUUGAUGGAUUAAGCAGAAUCAACAAGGACCGCUGGAAACUUAUAUGCAGCAUUUGUACAGUAGCUUAUGGAGCUUGCAUACAGUGUUCUCAUCCCACCUGUCGAGUUGCGUAUCAUCCGCUCUGUGCACGUGCUGCUGAUCUUUGUGUUGAGCUUGAAGAUGAUGACAAAAUCCACCUCAUGCUACUUGAUGAGGACGAGGACCUAUGUAUUCGUCUACUCUCAUAUUGCAAGAAGCACAGACAACCUUCUAGUAAACGUCCAUCUCUUAAAAGUGACCUUGGUAACCCCGCUAUGGUAGUUCAGACAGAUGUGGCUUCAUCAUCUGGUUGUGCAAGGACUGAACCCUAUAAUUUUCACAGGAGAAGAGGCCAACAGCAACCUCAAGUUACGGCUACUGCUUCUGUAAAACGUUUAUAUGUGGAGAAUAGACCUUAUAUUGUUAGUGGAUAUUGCCAAAAUAGAGGAGGCUGUGAUACUAGCUGUGAACCAAUUCAGUCAGUUUGUCCCUCGGAUGCUGCGCUGCAAGAAGUUGUUGUUAAUGUCUCUUCUAUGGUUGAGAAAUAUAAAAGAAUGAAGGCCACAUUCAGGAGGAGACUAGCUUUUGGAAAAUCAAGAAUUCAUGGGUUUGGUGUUUUUGCAAAGGUGGCUCACAAGGCAGGAGACAUGAUGAUUGAAUACAUAGGUGAGCUUGUUAGACCACCAGUAUCGGACAUUAGAGAGGGGCGUAUAUACAAUUCUUUAGUGGGUGCUGGGACAUAUAUGUUUAGGAUAGAUGAUGAGCGUGUUAUUGACGCUACACGGUCAGGAAGCAUAGCCCACCUGAUCAAUCACUCAUGUGAGCCUAAUUGUUAUUCACGUGUUAUAAGUGUUCUUGGGGAUGAGCAUAUCAUCAUUUUUGCAAAGCGGGAUAUAGCCCCAUGGGAAGAGUUGACUUAUGAUUAUAGGUUUGUUUCGAACGAUCAACGGCUUCCUUGUUAUUGUGGAUUCCCAAAGUGCCGUGGGGUUGUUAAUGAUGUUGAAGCAGAAGUGCAAUCAGCCAACAUAAAGGUUACCAGAAGUGAUUUAUUUCAGCAGGACUAAUGGUCAGUCCUUCCUAUGCUAGGGGAAAGUAUCUGGAAAUACCCCAGGCUUGGAUUUACUGAAUGAGAACAAACUGUGAUGCUGCCGGUGGUUGCUGUGAUAUUCUACAAUUGACGGAGUUUAUCAUCUAGGAAUGCUAACAAUUCAUUUCUCACAUUUUUGUAGAUGGAAUGCCAUUGUAAUUGUAUAGAUACUCGGGAUAGGUUCGGCAAUCCAGUAUGCAUUAUUAGGAACCAUAAUUGAAAUUGAUUAUGGAUGGCAUCAGAAGGUUUACAUGUAAUUUGUUCAUUUACUGUUUUCAAUGUGCCUUAUCCAAAAAAACAUGUAGUUGUUAACCGAGCGACUUUGCUACGGUUAGUUAUAAUCAAUUGUUAACCAUUACCUGCUUC